UCCAAACUAAAGACAACACCCUUGUGUUUGUGCCGUGUGAGAUGAAUGGAUCAUGGUACUUUGACCGGAACUUUGCUUAAGAUGGGAGGCCAUGGCUAACCCAGCAUUGGUCAAUCAGCUGUCGUCGGAUCAGACCGCCUACUGGGUGAGCAUUUGGAGGGCUAGCAGCAGUGGACAGUAGGCUGUUCUCGAAUGAUACCUCUUGGCCUGUUUUCUGCUACCCUUUAGAAUUUAUAUUCUCCCAGUAGCCCUGGCGUCUGGAUAGACGUCCCCUUGUUGGGCUUCGGGGUGGGUGGGGAGCUGGGAGGACGAAAUUUCACGCAUAUCUGACAUGUGUACGGACACCAACCAACUUAAUAAACCAGAGGCAGCGCCCCCAGGAUACCCCUCAAACCACGAAAGCUCAUCUCUGGCGCUGAACAGAGAAGAGAAGAAAGAAGGUCAGGCUGGCUGUCCUUCCUAGGCUCCACAAGGCUGCACUCUGGAUCCAGGGGCACCUGACAACCUGGUUGGCGGUCAAGGGGACUCCAAGAGCUUUAUUGUUUGUUGUUCCCUGCGUGCAUGAUACGAAUGUAUGAGAAAUGUCUUGUAUGAAAGUUGAUAUCAAAGUUUGACAUCUGGGUGUAAUUAUAACCUGCAAAUUUGAAAUUGAGGUUUUUCUGUUUUAAUUUUGAAGUCUAAAUAAAUCAGUUAGUAAUUAUAUCCAAACGCGAGGACGUUUUUUUAUGCCCACUAGGGAAGACAUUCCAAGUGUUGAAGUACCUAAAGAAAUUCGAUUAUUUCGAACUAGUCUAAUUGCAACGGUAACCAUGAUGGUUAGUUAUGAAACCAACAUUGACCACUACAGCACAAUUUCUAUACUAUCGCAGUGUUGGGAUGGUUUCGUAAAUGUCUUACUGGCAAAGCAUACACCCUCGGCUAAACUGGUUGCCAUCAAAAGAUAUAAUAUGGACAAACUUAAGGAGGAUUCAUAUUUAGUUGAACAUGAAAUUAUUUUAACAAGACAGUUGCAGCAUCCUAACAUCAUUAAGUACUUUUCUUCGUUUGUGAAUGGUCCGGAAGUAUGCGUGAUUAGUCCCUUAAUGGCUUUCGGUUCCUGUAAAGAUCUCUUAGAUACGCAUCAUUUCAGUCAAGGUUUACCUGAGAACGCCAUCACUUUAAUACUCAAAGAUGUGUUGGAAGGUUUAGAUUACAUUCACAGAAAGGGUAUUAUACAUAGAGCAAUAAGAGCUAGUCAUAUAUUGAUAUCUCGAAAGGGUAAUGCAUGUUUGUCGGGUCUAAGAUAUGCGUGCCCUAUAAUCGAGCAGGGCAAAUGGCAGAAACAGAUUCACACGUUUCCGAUAAAUGUUUCGAAAAAUUUAAACUGGCUCAGCCCGGAAGUAUUAGAACAAAAUCUGCUAGGCUAUAAUGAAAAAUCUGAUAUUUAUAGUGUCGGUGUUGUUUUAUGCGAGUUGGCGAACGGUAGUGAGCCAUUUGCGGGCAUGGCCACAACCUUAAUGCUUGUGGAAAAGGUUAGGGGAGCCGCUCCCCAAUUAUUGGAUUGUUCCACUAUUUCCAGAAAUGAGAAUAAUGAACUAAACGGUUUUUCGCAUAAUCAGGCGAAUAGAAGGUUUAGCGAGGGUCUACACCAGUUGACCGCCUUGUGCCUACAAAGGGAGCCGUUGUGUCGACCAACUGCAGCACAGUUAUGUAACCAUUCGUAUUUAAAAGUCAGUCGGAGGGGCUUAUAUUUGCCGGAUUUGUUGAAACCAGUUUUGCCAUUGAGCGAUAGAGUUGCUCAUAAUACAGAUGAUUUAGCAAACUUGGACACAAUUCACAAGAUGUCAAAUUUGGAUCUUUUCACCUGCGAAUGGGAUUUCUAACAUAUGGGUCCUUUGUAGUUAUUGUUGAUAGAUAAUAAAUUAAAAUGUUUUAACGCAACAUAUUUUAAUGAAACUAAUAUACAGUAUACAUUUUUAAUACAA